AUGAACGUAUCAGAAGAUGAGCAGUCCCCAAAGUUGCAAGAACAAAUGCCUAUCUGGAUUUAUUUUAUGCUUCUGGGCUGUUUGUUUCUUCUUGUUUUCAGCUGCUAUAAAAGGCGACAAGUGAAGCGACAAGUGAUCUGCGCACAAGAAAUUACAGAAAAAGCCAUUGUUUAUAGGUGUCUAGAUUGCGAAAAAUCCACGCUGACAAUCCUAUGCAAAGAUUGUUUCGAUACGUCUGAGCAUCGCUUCCAUGAUUUUAAAGAGCUCAAAGGGAAGUCAGGUUUCUGCCACUGUGGGAUUAAGGAAAGCUGGAAAGAACACAGACUCUGCACUAUGCAUAAAAAUGAGCUUCAGGCAGAGAAUGUCAACAUUAAUCGAAACCUGAUUCCUGACGGUAUUCCCAUGCUGAAUAUGGCGAAACCGGUGGUAACGCCGACUCCAACCCCUGUUGCUCUUCACACUGGACCCCGCAACUCGGUGGGGCUCAGAAGCAUCAUCAUGGGUGAAAGGGAAGACAUCGCACUGGCCGGAAGUCGUAUGGCGAACGACGAUGGCUAUGACGCGCUCAAAGACGCUGUCAACGAGAUCUUACUACGACAGAACGAACUCUGUCGCUUUGAUUCGGGUGAUGCGAACUUGGUCGAGCUUGACUUUUCGCGGCACUCGACGGACACGACCCGAGACGCGGCAUUGCUUCCCACUUUCAGCAAUGUAGCGGCCAGCUUUAUCAAACGAGACGGCAACAUGGAAAGCGUAAAGAUGAUUUUGCCGGCACAAAAAGAAACGCGAGUGACAGUCCAGAUAAAGGGAGACGAAAUACACACAACAGUCUGGCUUCUUCUGUUCAAACAUCAAAAUAAAAAAAAAGAGAGAAAACAAAUAAAGAUGAAUGUAUACCUGAUUUUGUCUUCAAUAAUGCCACAAAGUGUGUUUGCUUCGGUGAUGACAAAAGAGGAAGCUUUUAAUUUUCUAAAAAAUCGAGUGCGAAGGGACAACUCAUGGCUUCAUGGAGAAGAGUUAGAAUCUGGAGAUUUAGAGCGUGAAUGCAUAGAAGAACCUUGCGAGUACAAAGAGUUCUCUGAAAUUUUCGAAAAUGAGCAAAUUUCGACUCAUCUUUGGCUGUCCUACGGGAAAUGUAAAGAAUCAUUUUUGAUGGGAUUCUUUAUACAUGAAUAA